AUGGCUUCAUUCAAUCCCUUCGCCAAGCGCGAAACCCACAGCGCAAGCUCCCUCAACACCUACCGGGUUCUGGUACCCCUCAGCUGGGCACUAGUCGUGAUCGUCGGAAGCUACUACUCUCUCCACUCGCCAGACGAUACCAAGAAGGGCAAGAAGAUCUGGAAGCAGGCAAAUAAGCACAACACUCCUUUCAGUCAGAACACUACCGUGACUGGAGUCUACUGGAUUCUGCUUUUGCUUUCGCAGAUCAGUUAUGUCUACCACCUCUUCUCCAAGAACAAUGUUCUCGUCGCAGCGGCUGCCAAUGUAGCCACUCACUUCAUCUUGAACAAUCUGUUCCUGUUCGCCUGGAUUCUGCUCUGGACUCGGAACCACUUCUGGGGCGCCGAGAUUAUCCUCAUUGCCCAUCUCAUCAACCAGACUGUGACUUACUGGCGUCACCGCGGCCUGCCGGCUUUCGUGCAUCUGCCGGCUGUCGCCGGACCCUACGCAUGGACCUUGACGGCGCUGUUCUGGAACGGUGCCGUUGCCGUCCACAGCCACAACCUGCCAGGUCGCAUCGUGGCGAACAUCUUCAUCUGGGUUAUCCUCGGAGUCGGCUUGUUUGACAUUGUCCUUCGUGAGGAUUACAUUCUGGGCUACUGUCUCAGUUUCUUAACGCUUUCGCUGGCUCUGCGGCAAUUCGCGAUCAAGAUUAUCGGUCUCCAAUGGAUCUUCGCCUUUAUUGUCUUCGGCGUGUUCUUGGUUGUCUCGCUUUACAUCUCGGCGACCAAGUCUACUGGUCGCGACAGUCUCUUCCGUCGCGUUGCGCACCCCGAGUCCGCUGAUCGUGAGCGUGAGCCAUUGCUCAACGAGGGGGUUUAA